AUGGCAUCUAUAAAGUUUGAGGUAGCGAAUUUUGAUGGGCGAAGUAAUAACUUCAACAUCUGGAAGAUCAAGAUCAUGGCGUUGUUAUGGAGAAAAGGAUUAGUCUAUGCUUUGGACGACUCGUAUCCCGAAAAUACGAAAGAGGCCGAGAAACAGAAGAUUGAGAUGGAUUCGUUUAGCGCAAUUCAAUUAUCCUUAUUAGACAGCGUGUUAUAUGAAGUUAGUACCGAGAAAACAGUUGCGAGUUUACGGAAGAAACUUGAAGAUCUCUACCAGAAGAAAUCAGUAACAACUAGAAUGUUGUUAAGGCAACGUUUACACACCUUCAAGAUGAAGACAGCUAUGGAUCUUACUCAUGCUGAUAUUAAAGUGGGAGAUGAAGAACUAGCGUGCACUUUACUAUUUUCAUUAUCACCAGCGUACAAAGACGUAGUUAAUUCAAUGAUAUACAGUAAGGAGGUGGUCAUGUUACAGGUGGUAAGACAUGCAUUGAAUUCGGAUGAAUUAAGAAACAAUAUCAACAAUGGUGAGAAAGAGGACUAUGGUGAGGGUUUGACGGUUAGAGGUUGCUCGAGCCAAAGAGGGAAAGGCAAAUCAGUAGCAAGGUCAAAGUCUAGGAAAAAGAAUCUGAUCUCUCUUGGUACUCUUGAUAAGCUCGGAUAUAAGCAUGCGGGUGAAGUUGGAAUCUGCAAGGUGACCAAGGGUUCCAUGGUCAUGUUAAAGGCCAAACUGGAGGGUAGUCUUUAUGUACUUGUGGACAACACCAUUCUAGGUUCCAUCCAAGGGUGGAAGAGGUAUCUUCUUACUUUCAUUGAUGAUUUUUCACACAAGGUUUGGGUAUACUUCUUAAAGGCUAAAAGUGAUGUCAUUGAGAAUUUCAUAAACUGGAAGACAUUAAUUGAAAAUCAGUGUGACAGAAAGAUUAAGUGUCUUCGAAUAAAUAAUGGCUUGGAGUUUUGCAAUAAAGAAUUUGACAAUUUCUGCAAGAUUCAUGGUGUAUUGAGACAUAGAACUGUGCCUAAGGAGUUCUGGGCGGAAGCAGUAAAUACUGUUUGUUAUGUUGUUAAUCGUUCUCCAGCAUCGGCGAUUGAAUUCAAAACUCCAAAUAAGAAAGUUCUUACAACAGAAACGAUGGAGGAAAAUGUGAAAUUCAUCGAGCAGGAGGAUCAAGUGACUCAGGUGGAGUCAGAUAAUGUAAAAUCUCACACAUUAGUACCUGAAGGUAAAACAUACAGUAUAGCUAUUGGAAGGGACAAACGAACCCCGAAGCCUAAUUCAAAAUACUAUCCUCAGCCUUCGCAAACUAAUCUUGUGGCCUAUGCAUUAGCUACUGCCGAUGAGGAAAUAAAGGAUCUGGAACCCUCAAGCUAUACAGAAGCUACUGUGUGGUGA